AUGCACAUCGCCUACCUUGGACUGGGCAACAUGGGCACCGAGAUCUCCUCGCGCCUGGCAACCUUCUCAAAGGCCAACAACCACAUGCUGACAGUCUGGAACCGCAGCCAGGACAAGUAUGGUUAUCUUCGCGCCAAGAUUGAUGCCACUUUCGCCAAAGACCUGGAGGAGAUCAAGGGCGCCGAUGUCGUCUUCUUGAUGGUGUUGAACGACAAGGCGAGCGCGGAUGUGCUGGGCCGGGUUCUGGAGGUGUGUCCGACUGCGAUUGUGGUCGACCAGAGUAGUGUGAAUCCCAAGACGAGCAUCGCGAAUGAGAAGGCCGCCGCUGCCACGGGGGCGCGAUACCUCGCCGCACCUGUUUUCGGGCGUCCCGACGCAGCCGCGGCGGGCAAACUCAUCCAAGUCGUGAGCGGGGACAAGGAGGCGCAGGAGACUGUUCGGCCACUGUUUGACGUGUCGGCGCGUGCAGUCGUUAACACCGGAGAAGAGGUGUACAAGGCUACCACCGUCAAGCUCAUGGGCAACGCCAUGAUCCUCGGCAUGAUGGAGAUGCUUGCAGAGGUGUAUGCGCUCGGUGACGCAACUGGCAUCGAACCGGACGUGUUUCAGCAGUUUGUGGAGAUGUUCUUCCCAACCCCCAGUUACCAGGUGUACGGGCGCAAGAUUGGGCAGGGGAGCUUUAGUGCGGCCGGCGGGUUCCGGCUCGAGGGCGGCCUGAAGGACGCAAACAACAUCCUCUCUGUCGGCGCAGAUCUCGGCCACCCCGUCCCUCUACCCACCAUUGAGCUCGCAAAGAAGCAUAUGCUCCGUGCGGUCGAGAUGGGCGGGCAGGACCAGGAUUGGAGCUCGCUCAGCGCGGCUGUGCGGGAGGAGGCCAACCUCGAGCCGUACUUGAAGAAGGAGGAGAAGUAG